AUGACAAAGAACUACGUGGAGGACAUUCAUGCUGAUAGUGAUCAACUCGGGUGGGAGUUCAACUCGGGUGGGAGGUGGGUUAAACACACGGAGAGACCUCGAACACAAUACCUUCAAAAGAAGACAUCGACAAGGAAACACUUAAGAAGAGACACUGCGGAAGAAAACCCUCGAAAAGAAGCCAUCGAAAAGAAGCCAUUGAAAAGAAACACUCGAAAAGAAACUCUCGAAGAAGAUGACAUCGAAAAGAGCAUCCUCCAGGAGAAUACCCUCGAAGAAAACACCCUCGAAGAAAACGCCCUCGAAGAAAACACGUUCGAAGAAAACAACCUCGAAAAGAACUUAGUCGAAAAGGAAACCAAAGAAAGUCCAUUGAAAGGAACCCCUCGAAAGAAGAAGACGCCCGAAGAAGAAGACCCUGGAAAGGACGACCGCGAAGGAAACAGCUCAAGAAUGAACACUGACACGGAAAUGUCGAAAAAACGUCGAAAACAAGUCUGUGAAAGAAACACCUCGAAAGAAGACCUAACUACACUUCAAAGAACAACAUAG